UGACAACAUACGUUCCGAGAAGGUUGUACUUGAAAAAUAAAGAGAACAUUCAACUAAAGGCUGCCUUGUUAGGUACCGGCAACUUUGGUGAUCAUGCCUCAGCAACGGAGAGGGAUAAAGGCGGGUCAUCGUGGACAAAGAGAACUGUGGACAAAUAAAAGAGAAUAUAUUUUGUCUCAAAUAGGCUUUGCUGUAGGGCUUGGGACAUUUUGGAGAUUCCCCUACCUCUGUAACAGGAAUGGAGGAGGUGCCUUCCUCAUCCCGUACUUUUGUGGAAUUCUGCUCUGUGCCGUUCCUAUCUUCUUUCUGGAGGUUUCCAUUGGUCAGUUCUCCAGCAGGAGCGCUGCCCAUGUGUGGGUCAUGUGCCCUUUAUUUAAAGGUAUUGGAAUCUCGCAGGCUCUAGUUUCUUUCUUCAGUUCCAUUUCCUACAAUCUCAUUAUUGCUUGGACCGUAUACUACCUAUAUAAGUCAUUCUGCUCACCGCUGCCGUGGACAACCUGCAUCAACUGGUGGAACACCGGUCUGUGUGUCCAUGAUCUCGGCAGCAACAUCACAUACAGCGACCCCUAUCUGAACUACACUACAGGCACUGGUCCCGGCGCUGACGGUGCUUGGAGGAAGCCAAACGAGACAUUGACAGCGUCCGAGGAAUUUUUGCAAUACAAUGCUCUGAGAGUGUCAAAUGGCAUCGACAAGUUCGGUCCAGUCCAAGUCCACCUAGUUGUAUGUGUUUUUCUGUCCUGGGCCGUGUUGUUUCUGUGUCUGAUGUUCGGAGUUAAAUCAGUUGGAAAGGUUGUGUAUGUGACAGCGGUGAUGCCGUACCUCCUGCUGACGGUGCUGCUGAUCAGGUCGUGCAUGAUGCCGGGAUCCGAAGACGGCGUUCUCUAUUUCCUGAAACCUGAUUUCUCACAUCUUCUCUCGAUUCAGGUGUGGCUGGAGGCCUUGCUGCAGUGUUUCUUCUCCGUCAAUACAACUUACGGAGGCCUCAUCACCAUGGGCAGCUUCAACUCUUUCCACAAUGAUGUGUUCAGGGACACGAUGAUUAUACUCAUCAUCGGUGAGCUGAGCAGUAUCUUCUGUGGGCUGGUGGUGUUCUCUACUCUAGGUUUCAUGGCAAGUGAGGCUCAGCUACCAAUAUCUGACGUAGUAACCUCAGGGAUAGGACUUGGCUUCAUCAUCUACCCUGAGGCUAUAGCCAAGCUGCCCUUUCCUCAACUCUGGGCAGUCCUCUUCUUCUCAACGCUGCUCAUCGUUGGCAUAGACUCUAUGUUUAGUUUCGAAGAAACUUUAAUCUCGGCUAUUUUAGAAGCAUUUCCUUCGACUAAUCAACAAAAGCGCGUGGUAGUCACCCUGGGUGUUUGCCUGGUCUGCUUUCUGCUCACUGUUCCCUUGGUAACUGGGAGCGGAGUGUACUUCGUCCAGCUGCUGGACUGGUACUCCGGUUCCUUUAACUCUCUUGUGAUUGGCGUCCUCGAAUGUGUGGUCAUCUACUGGAUCUAUGGUAAGUGA